CUGCGCAGUGGAGACUCGGGUGACAGUCCCUCGGGUGGGCCGCGCGCGGGACACAGUGACAGUGAUGAUGGCGGAACCUUGGGCCGGGCAGUUCUUGCAAGCUCUGCCGGCCACAGUGCUGGGCGCGCUGGGCUCUCUGGGCAGCGAGUUCCUUCGGGAGUGGGAAACGCAGGACACGCGUGUGACUCUCUUUAAGCUGCUGCUGCUGUGGUUGGUGCUAAGUCUCCUGGGCAUCCAGCUGGCCUGGGGGUUCUACGGGAGCACCGUGACAGGGCUGUACCACCGCCCAGGUCUGGGCGGUCAGAAUGGAUCCACACCCGAUGGCUCCACGCAUUUCCAUUCGUGGGAAACAGCAGCAAAUGAACCCCUCAAAACCCACAGAGAAUAAGGGGAAGCAGCAGAGGGGUCUCCAGGUAUAAUGCCCGGUGUGCUGACUCCCACAUUGGAUUCUGAUGCUGCCCAGACCCCAGUGACAACAGUAGGGGUGGGAGAGUUAGGCCUGGAAGCAGGGAAUGUCCCAGUGUUGGGCCUCCAUUGCCCUUAGCUUUGCUCCAGCAGCCCCAGGCAUUGGACAAGUAGAGUCAGCCUCUAUGCUGAUGAGGAUGCCUGAAGGAAAAAGGCACGUUCAUCUUUUCUCAGGGGUCAACUCAGAAGACCCCAAGUUGGGGAAACCAAUAUUCUAUUUUGCUAUCUUGCCUUUUCCUGUUCCUCAUUCUCAAUAUCCUGGUUAUGACCCUAUAACAAAUUCUAUCCCUCUCAAAGGAAACCUUGGCUUGUUGUUGACCAGCUCUGAGAUUUGGUGGGGAAGUCUUCAUUUUCCCUAGGCUCUAGGUUUCCUGAUGUUUUUGUUUUACUUUAUAGGCAGGCAGCCAGGUAUUUCUGGUCUAGACACAGCCUUAUACUCCACGAUGACUUACCUGGUUAUUCAAGAGUAAGGUGGCAGGCACCAGCCAAACAUGGCAACAGCAAAUACCU